AUGUAAGAGUCUCAUCUCUAGAAAAACAGCUGUUCUAGUUUUUGUUGACAAAAUCUAGUUUUUCUUUUGAUUUGGAUAUAAAAAACGCUUAAGUAUGUUAACUUCCAUGGUUAAGGAACAUCACAAGGAGCAAGUGAAGCGGAAACAAGAGCAGGAGUUACGCCGCAAGGAAGCAAUAGAAGCUUCCAACGAGCUCACCCAAUCGCUGGUAGACACCCUUAAUGUGGGAGUGGCUCAAGCUUAUUUGAACCAGAAACGCCUAGACGCGGAGGCCAAGCAACUGCACAUGGGAGCCACUAACUUCGCCAAGCAGACGCACCAGUGGCUGCAGCUCAUCGACAACUUCAGUAGUGCUUUAAAGGAGCUGGGCGACGUGGAGAACUGGGCUCGCAGCAUUGAAGGGGACAUGCAUGUGAUAAAUCAAAGUCUGGAGCUGGCUUACAAGGCUUCUCGAGCGACACAAGCCCCAAGCGGGACUGAGACUUUCAUGGAGCCCUCAUCUUCCAAACCCAGCGCUACAUGAGAAUUUUUGGGAUUACUCUCCAAACAUUUUGCGAGAUGAUUUCUUAUUGUAUUUUACUCCUAUCGUGAAAAGAACUUUUUCCAUAACUAUAAAAUGUGCUUCUUUAAAUGCGCAUCGAGAAUUAGCUAGAUAACGCUUUGAAACUAUUACUCUUAAACAUAUGGAAAUUAAGUUAAUUUAACUAUCUUUCUUUACGAGCAAAUCCAUUUUACAUUAGCUAAAUCGCACUUUACGACCAACUCAAUAAAUAAAGACCAACAAUAUUUAAGAAACAAAA